CAAAUAAAAUGUUUUUCGAUUAUUUUUUGCCUUUUCUUUUUCUACAAUUUUUCAAUUAUAACAAAUUAACAUUUCAAUCACCAAAUUUACAAGAAGAAUGGCCUACAAAAACAUCUCCAUUAAAAACGGCAGAAUUGAAAUUUAUGAAAAAACUGUUUGAAAACAGAAAUUACAAAAAUAAUGCUGUUUAUGGAUAUGAACCUAAAGUUUUAAAAAAAGGGCAAACUAAUUGCAGAAAUGGCAAUGAUGAAAAUUUAGAAGAGGGGGAAUUUGUUUUGGAAUUUGAAAUAAAUGGAAUUAAUGGAAAGGAUAAAUUACUAGAUGCUCAACUCCAAUUACUUUUACCUGAAACAAAAAAUCACCACCAACAAAUCGUCAAACAUAAAUACCGUCACAACUCUAUUUUUAAACACAAUAAAAUUUCAAAACAUUUAAAGCAAUUUAAAAUUAAUUAUUUCGAUAUAUUUGUAUUUUCUGGGAAUAAUUGUAGUAAAAUUGAAAAAUUAAAAUUACAAAAACUAUUGCCUGUAGAGGAUGAAACUAUUUUUAAUUUAAAUAAUUGGUUUAUAUAUAAUGUUAAAGAAAUAAUUGAAAGAAAUUUAAAAGAAAAUAAAUUAAAUUUAAUUAUUAAAAUUAAACAGAAUAAUUUAAAAAUCAAAAAACUUUCAAACUUUGCAUAUUCUCAUGGACCAUUUCUUGUAGUUUAUACAGAAAAUAAUGAAGUUAUUGAAGAUGAGAAUAUUAAAAAUAAAAGAAAUAAAAGAGAAAUAUUUCAUUCAAAAGAAGACAAUAAUCUCCAAAUCCAAGAACAUAUGGAUGCAGUAAGAAGACAAGCAGAAUAUUUUGCUUAUGGAAUGGCUCUUCCAACGGAACAAUUACCACAAAUUGAGGAAAAUAAUUACUUAGUAAAACCUAUUCAAAAUAUUCCAAAUAAAUUUGAAAAUACUAAAUUUGCAUUAAGACGACGAAAAUUGAAGAAUAGAAGAAAAAUUAAACAAAAAUUGUCUCGGAAAUCGUCUUUUGAUGCGAAUGAUCCAAUGCUCGGAUUUGGAACAAAUAAAUCACCUUGGGAACGUUCAAUUAAAGGAAACAAAUUCGGAAAUUCUUUAAACGAUUUUAAAGAGUUAGAAGAAAAUGAAAGAGAUGGGAUGAUGAUGAAUAAACACGAGAAGAAUGAUAAGGAAAUUAAUAUGGGAAUUAAAAGUAAUGGUGCUGGUGGGAGUAUAAUAAAGAAAUGUUCACGUCACAAUCUCACAGUUGACAUUAGAGAUUUGGGCUUAGAUGAACGAAUUGUUGCCCCAAAAAGUUUUGAGGCUGGAUAUUGUGCUGGAUCAUGUGAAUAUCCUCUUGAUAGAAGCCUUCGGCCUUCGAAUCACGCAAUAUUUCAAUCUUUAAUUGUUAAAUUACAAUCUAUAACAAACAAUAAUAUUACUACAGGACAAAAUACACCCUCAGUUUGCUGUGCACCUGACAAAUUUGAUUCGUUAACAAUGCUUUACUUUAACGAGAAUGGAAAUUUAGUUUUAAAAAAUUUCCCAAGAAUGAUAGUUUUGCAAUGUGGAUGUAUUUAA